AUGGAAUUCUUUCAUCAUGAUGUGAAAGUGGCUCGUAAUUACAACAAGUCAAUCAAUGAAAAUGAUACUAUGUACAAAAAGAAAUUCAAUUCACCUGGAAUUGGGACCAUCGUAUUGAGUAAAUCGGUUGCCAAGCAUUGGAAAGGAUUGAUAGCAUCGUCGAAAGACCAACAUCAAAUAUCAUCGGCCGCUAGUCAACCGAAUCUCGAAUUCUAUUCAACUAGUCUUACAGACUUGAAUCGUUUGCAGACGUAUGCUAAAGAUUUUGAUCUCGAUGUUUUUCGUGCUGAAGAUCGAGAAUUGACUACACCUGGUAGCGAAGAGAAAGUAACAUGCUUCGUAAAGAAUAUUCUCGAUAUGUACGAAGAAGAUCCGUCGACAUUUGUCGAUUUGCAUCAAUAUCAACCGUACGGAGCACAAGUAUCAGCGCGAAAAGAGCAUAUCUCAUUCUACGAACGUGUUAUUGAAUUACUUCCACCGAAAUGGUUCGACCUUCUCGAUCGUGAACGAUGUCGAAGAAUCAAUAUAGGUCUUUCUCAUCAACAAAGGUCAAAUUCAUUUUCUGCGCCGUCUUCUCACUUUUUGUCUCACUCUCGACUAAAUCAAUCGCUCAAUGAACAACAUGGAAGAUUUAAAUUGAUUCGACUUCAAAGAAACGAAUCCGAACCGAGCAAUCAUCGUCGCGUCAUACAUUGCGCUGAACAUCAAAUAGAACUUGACAACAUGCAGCAGCUGGAUAUCGAAACGAAUCCUUCGAAAAACUGAAGACCGCACAAACAUUCGGGAAUCGAUGAGUGUUUAUACAUAUCCGAAAACCGUAUUUUUUGCUCACAGUAAUUGUGAACUGAAAUAGAAGCUCUUCUCAAACAGUAACAUGCUGAUAGUUUUCUACUUAAAACAAACCAAUCAAUAUCGAUCGAUCGAACGCAGUAACCAUCCAAUUAAAAUUCUUAGAUGUGAAUGAUCAGAAGAACUUUUAGUACGAAUAUAAUUGCGAUACCUAUUUAGACAUCAAGGAUGGUUUUUAUAGCAGAGGCCACAUCCGAUUGCUCUAACAAGGAUGUAGAACAGUUGAAGUUCCAUGCAGAAUUCAUGAAAGUUCUCAUUGUGCAUACCUGUAGCUAUUAAUUGAUGAAGCAUAUACUUACUCAAUAUUCACUAAGUAUUUCAAUACGGUGUAACAGCAUACAUAGUCCAGUUCCUAUUGUCAGACAUUUUUCUACCAUAUGACACUCCUAUCUUUCGUGCUCUUUUACACAAUAUUCUUAUGUUGCACCUCUCAUUGAAACUAUGUAGAAGAUUUUGACUGGCACAGAUAGUAUUUGUGCGUAGAUUAUAUUCUUUUUAACCUCAUUGAGUUAUUACUUUCGCUUACUUAAUAAGUGCAACGUUAAUUGAAAUUGAACAUCAAAAAUUGACAGAUGAUCUGUAUGUCUCUAAUGUCUACUAAAGUAUUGCGAAAAAUACAGUUGAACAAUGCAAUCAUCAUUCCUUGAACUGUUGAGCUGCCAUAUACAUUCCAGCUGUAGUAUUUGUAGCAUUAACAAUGUAAACGGCCACAUCUACAUCAGAGUAUGUAUUCAUAAGUCUUGUCGAGAGCAACCAAGGAUAGUUUUUCAUGGGCUUAAAUUAAAGUUCAAAAAUAUCACUGCAUGAUGUUGAUACACUUUUAUCCAUGUCAAAGCAUUUGCUAUGAACUAUGCUUGAAGCUAAUGUACACAGAAGCAUACCAUGUAGAAGUGUACAGUCGCUAAGAGACUUAAGGUACGAAACAGAAUUGAAGAGACGCAUUGUCGUU